CUAGUUUCUGUGUUGGAUGAUUAGGGGUUAGAGUUGAGGUUGAAGUGAGGGAGAAGGAGAGAGUUGAAGUUGCAGCAAAGGAUGCAUAUGCACUGGUUGGGUCCCGACGUACCUGUGUUCGACCCCAAUUUCACUUACAAUCAUCAUCGUCCCUACUUAUACGACGAUGACCUCUUUCCAAACGACGCCGUUUCGGCCCGUCGCCACGAUGCCGUUUCAGCCCAUCACCACGACGGAACCUCACCUCUCCCACUGGGCAUGGAUUGGAGCCCUCCGCCGCGCCUAUGGGAGGGUCGCAGCACUGUUUGGCCGCGUCAUCCUCCCACCGGAUGGAGCUUCUGCGUCACGCUUCCUUCAUGGGUUACCGCUCCCCAAUCCCCUCCUUCUGAUCCCGUCGCCUUUUUUAGGGUUCAAGUCGGUGUACAAUCUCCCCAAGCAAUCACCACUUCUCGACUAUUACUACGCAGAUUUAGUGAUUUCGUCAAUCUCUUUUCUCAACUGAAAAAGGAAUUUCCCAUAAAAGAUCUGCCUACACCUCCACCCAAAAAGAUACUCAGAAUUAAAAGUCACACUGUGUUGGAAGAGCGACGCCUUUUAUUAGCUGAUUGGAUGGAAAAGUUGUUAUCGGACGUUGAUGUAUCAAGAAGUGCCCCGGUGGCAAUAUUUCUUGAGCUAGAAGCUGCUGCUAGAUCAUCAUUUCAUGAUGUGAACGAGCAUGUUUCGGAUGAAGCAUCUGCCAAUGCUACUACACCCUCACAAAUGAUCCAAGAUACCUCACCUGGUUCUGUAAAAGCUCAUGGUUCAUCUGCAGCAAUAGUUCCUGGUAACGAUGAAGUUUCUGAGCUGGGAACACCACAACAUGGAAUGGAUAACCGUUCUGAUCAAAUUAUGGAUAAUUCAACAUUGGAACAUGGCUUAAUUAAUCCAACUGAAACGGAUGUUCAUUAUGCCACAUCCAGCGAAAACUUCGUUUAUAAGGAUAAUAUUACAGACAAAGUCACUGGGUAUACUGCUGAUGCUAUAGCUCUUCACCUAGAUGGAACUGAGUUUACACCUGCUGUACGAGAUUAUAACUUGAAUGCUCAUGUUAAGAGAUUGUCAACAGAAAGCAUUAGAAGUGACUUAAGUUCUCUAAGGAAUACUGAAACAUCAAAUUUAACUACGACCACUUUGGUUCAGGAUGCUUCACAUAACCUUGCUGGGAGCCAUGAAGCCUCAAGAAAUUCAGAUUUAUUUUUGACUUUUCCAUUGGAUGAGCGGCACAAGUUGAACAAAAUUCUUAAUACCCAGAAACAGAGAUUGGUCACUGCAAAAGCUGAUGUUGAAGAUCUUAUAGCAAGAUUGAAUCAAGAAAUGGCUGCAAGACAAUAUCUUGUGACAAAGGUCAAAGAUUUGGAAGUUGAACUUGAAACAACUCGACUGAACUGCCGAGAAAACAUGCAGCAGGCUGUUUUGACUGAAAAAGAAAGGUUUACACAAAUGCAGUGGGAUAUGGAGGAACUUCGGAGGAAAUGCCUGGAGACAGAAAUGAAAUUGAAGUUGGAAGAGGAUGAAAGGCUGCUAGCAGAAUCUACGAAAGAAUCUGUCAUUCAGGAGAAGCAAAUGUUGCAGCAAGAGCUAGAUGUAGCUAGAGAACAAUUUAAGCACUUGCAAAAACAUCAUGAUGAGUUUGAGAUGAAAUCAAAGACAGAUUUGAAGGUUCUAAUAAAGGAGGUAAAAUCCCUUAGAAAUUCUGAGUUAGAACUGAAACAGCAGCUAAGUGAAUUGAUGAAGGAGAAGUUAGAUUUGGAGAGAAUCCUCCAGAAGGAAAAGCAAAGAAUGGAAAAUUCACAUAAUGCAAAUACAAAGUUGCUGCAUGAGUGUGCAAUCCUUCAGAAGAGGCUUCGGGAGUGUAGUGUAAAUUUCCUUGUUGAAGAGGAAGAUAAACUAAAUAUCGACACUUUGCCAUCUGAUGCUCUGGAUUUAUUAGCAACAUCAGAUAAUCGGAUUGGUCUCUUGCUUGCAGAGGCACAGCUCUUGGCACAAGAUGUAGAAGAUACUGUUGUUGCUGUUGAAGAGACCCGGGAUAUAACCACAGACAAUACUGGGAAAACUUAUGAUGAAUUGAGAAAGAUGCUGGCACAUAUGUUUGUUGACAAUGCCAGUUUAAGGAAACAAAUCAAUUCUGUUAUUCGUUGUGCUCUAAAUGCAAAUAUCAAUUCCGAAGAGGACGGUGAAGAAAUCCAUUUGCAAAAAACUGUCCUAAGCAAGUUCUUAGAAAGAUAGCUUGUUCAAUACUACACCGUGUAUCUAUUAUUGAGUUACUUCUCUGUUAAUUAUGGUCUAUAAAUUUUUGCACUUGUAUGGUUUCACUGCCAUUCGUUCCGAGCCGAUCUUAAAAAAACAAAAAUGCGUUUAUUGUUCCGCCAAAAUUGAUAUGAAUAGUUCGAGUCAUUGCGGCUACUGUACCAAUCAAUUGUAAUCGAAAAAUCUAAUACCUGAGUUUGACACUUCCAU